AUGUCUCAUACCAAUGCAACUGCAGUGCCACCCGCUCCACCAAAUUUUUUGCAAUGUGCUGACAAGUCAAACAAUUCGACGCCACAACGGCAAAAACCCCAACUCGAAGAAUGUCUGUGGUCCAUUGAUCAACCGGAAUUGCAAAAGGCCUGUUUUCUUGCCAGGAUCUGUACAACGAGGAAGCCGAAAUCAUGUACUUACUAUAAUAUAAAUAGUAUACUACAGGUGGGACCAACUUGUGGUUUGACAGCGGUCAGCAUGCUGCUGGGAGGCCUGCUGCCACCCACUGUUCUGCUGCAAGAGGCCAAGGAACGUCAUUACACCUACAAUGGUGAAAUGUUUAGUGCCCACAAUUUGUUUCAAUUGAUCUGUGAUUAUUUGCCCAUUAUCAACAACAAUAACAACAACAACGACGACGUCACCAUUGACAAAAACAGCCGGCCAUGCAAACUAAAUGCCAAUGACACAGAUAGCCGAAACACAGCAACAACAACACCAGCACAAAUACCUCAACAACAACAACGACGACAAACAGCUGUUCAUCAGAGACCCAUCGAAUGCCAAAUGCAUGAAGGUCGUUUAAAUUGUGCCAAGGUCAGAGAUGCACUGCUGCAGGGAGCUUGUCUAUUUGUACCCUACGAUCCCGACUUCAAUCAUUCACCAUGUUUAAAAUCAGGUCACAAAGCCCAUUGGGCUUUAAUCAUUGGUCACUUAAUUGCAGAUAACGAUGAGUUUUAUGUUAUAGCACGACAUGGUAAAGCUAAAAAUCUUGCCGUUUGGUCUUUACAAUCACUGAGUGAUAGCAAUGCGAAUUUAAUUGAAUUUGCCCAGCCGAAAGGUUAUCCCGAUUGUGAUUUUCUGCUGCCGCCCGGUGGUAUUGGUGGAAAUUUAGGUUUAAGAGAACGUGCCAUUAUUGUCAAAGGAUUGCCGCUUGAAAUUACAACGAUUAGUUAGAAAAAAUUCUAAUGUAUAUAAUGUCGAAUUUAU